AUGAAGCCCUCCAACUUCCUCCAGCUACCGGCGCUGCUGGCCGCCGCCCUCCUCAGCUCUGCCCUCGUUUCCGCAGAGCAUACCAGCAACUGGGCCGUCCUCGUUUGCACAUCGCGCUUCUGGUUCAACUACCGCCACCUAGCCAACGUCCUCUCCAUAUACCGCACCGUCAAGCGCCUGGGAAUACCAGAUUCCCAGAUCAUCCUCAUGUUGCCCGACGACAUGGCCUGCAACCCGCGCAACGCAUUCCCUGGCACCGUCUACUCCAACGCCGACCGAGCAGUCGACCUGUACGGCGACAACAUCGAGGUCGACUAUAGAGGAUACGAGGUGACCGUUGAGAACUUCAUCCGCUUAUUAACGGAUCGCGUCGGCGAGGAGACACCCAGGAGCAAGCGUCUCUUGACGGAUGAUCGGAGCAACAUCCUGGUGUACAUGACGGGCCAUGGUGGGAACGAGUUCCUUAAGUUCCAGGAUGCGGAAGAGAUUGGUGCUUUCGAUUUGGCCGACGCCUUCGAGCAGAUGUGGGAGAAGAAGAGGUACCACGAGAUUCUUUUCAUGAUCGAUACCUGCCAAGCAAACACGAUGUACACAAAACUCUACUCCCCGAAUAUCAUCGCCACCGGCUCCUCGGAGCUGGACCAGUCUUCGUACUCCCACCAUGCCGACAAUGACGUCGGCGUGGCCGUCAUCGACAGAUACACAUACUACAACCUUGAAUUCCUCGAGGGCGAGGUAGGCGACCUCAGCAGUAAGAAGACACUGGGCGACCUAUUCGAUAGCUACACAUAUGAGAAGAUUCACUCACACGCCGGCGUGCGGUACGACUUGUUCCCAGGUGGGGAAGCGGCAGCCAGGACGAGACUGGUGACGGACUUCUUUGGGAACGUCCAGAACGUGGAAGUAGACGGGACGAAGAAUAAUACUCUCGAGGAAGACCUGUUGGCACUGAGUAAGCACAUAGCGGAACUGAGGAAGCGAGUGGGUGAGGAUGAGGGCGAGGCGUCACAGAAAAAUGUGUCACAUGAAGACAAGAGACGCGAGAUGACAAACAACAGGGUGAAGUCCGCUAAGCCGUUGACGGAUGAGAAUUGGUGGGCUAAGAAGCUUCUUGGGGCUGUUGUCGUGGGAGGUUGUGUCUCAUUAUGGGGCCUGGGUUCAUUUUUGGAAAAGGUGGCCAAAUAG